AUUUGAUCGACAAUAAAUGGCGCAUCUCGCCUUGGUCCGUAUUGUUUACAUUGGGGGCAGAAGAAAAGCACGCUGGUGUUACGGUUGCCAAUGAUAAGAUCUCAUUUUAAUGAUAAGAGGAUUUUUGUUUGUCAACUGAUCCCGUACCGAGCCGACUGGCGGCCCUUCUCUCGGACAUCCCCGGCGCUCUCCGCCCGCUGCCGUCCCCUCUACCGGUGCCGGUCCGCCCCCUGAGCCGCCACUGCUGACCUGACACCCCCGACCGGCCGCCCGGCCACCUCGGCCCCGCCAUGGGCGCCUUCCUGGACAAGCCCAACACGGAGAAGCACACUGAGACGGGCUCCGGUAACGGUCUCCAGUACGCGCUGGCCUCCGAGCAGGGAUGGCGCACAGAGAUGGAGGACGCCCACUGCGCGGUCAGCGGCGUCAGCGAACAGCUGCGAGACUGGUCCUUCUUCGCCGUGUUCGACGGCCACGCCGGCAGCAAGGUGUCGGCGUUCUGCUCGCAAACGCUGCUCUCGCACAUCCUGCAGAGUGAGCAGAUGUCUCCGGAGACACUGCGGCAGCUGGCCGGCGACGAGACUGCGCUGGCUGAGUCGGUCCGAUCCGGACUCGUCUCCGGCUUCCUCCGGCUUGAUGAGCGAAUGCGCUCCGAACCCGACGUCGAGACGGACAAGUCGGGCUCGACGGCCGUCUGCGCGCUUGUCUCACCCACUCACGUGUUCGUGGCCAACUGCGGCGACUCUCGCGCGCUCAUGUGUCGCCGGGGAGAGAUCGCGCUCAGCACCACCGACCACAAGCCCAUCAACCCCGGAGAGAAGGAGCGCAUCGAAAAGGCCGGCGGCAACGUCAUGAUCCAGCGCGUCAACGGCUCUCUGGCCGUGUCCCGCGCGCUGGGCGACUACGACUACAAGAAUGUCUCCGGCAAGGGCCAGUGCGAGCAGCUGGUGUCUCCUGAGCCGGAGGUGUACGUAGAGAAGAGGCAGGCCGAUGACGAGUUUCUGGUGCUGGCCUGUGACGGCGUCUGGGAUGUAUUCGAUAACACAGACUUGUGUCAGUUCGUGCGCUCCCGGUUAAGGGUGACGGAUAAACUGGAUGAGGUGGUGAACCAGAUCCUCGAUACCUGCUUCUAUAAGGGGAGCAAGGAUAACAUGAGCACGGUGGUGAUUGUGUUUCCCGGAGCGCCCAAGGUGGACCCCGCGGCCGCGGCCCGAGAGGAGGCCAUGAAACAAAGCGUCGCCAAACACGUGGAAGAGUACCUGCGCGCGGUGGAGCCGGUGCCGCCGCGCCCGGCGGACGAGGACGAGAAGGACGCUCACGACGAGGAGGACGACGGACCGCGGGUCAGCAUGCCCGAGCUGAUGACCUUCCUGGACAGCAAGAAGAUCGCAGACCUGCCCGACGGCGGCGGUCUGGCCUCCAUGCGGAAGUACGUCGAGGACGUGGUGUCGAUAGUGACCAAAAAGCAGUCGGGCGCCGGGCCGCAAUGACCGACCGCCGAGGCGGCCGGCGCCGGCCCCGCACACCAGCACAGCACACAACCGAGCCUCUUCCGUCCGCGGCGCGUGCUGUCGGCCGUCUGGCGGCAGCGGCGCCGGCCGCGCUGAGACCGCCGCCGCCGCGCCGGGGCGCGCCGCAGUCGGGGCGAACAGAGACCAGAGUCGUUAUUUUACUGCUAUCCUGUUGAUAGGUUGGCCCAAACGGCGGCCCUGAUGUAUAGGCACGCAGUGAGCGAGAGCGAGAGAGCGAGAGAGCGAAACACACUGAGACACAGACACACGGACACUGACCUCUGUUUGCCAAAAUUUUAAUCUAGGUUUGCUGGGCGGGCUUUUGUGUUGGGUGGCCGGAGCGCUGUGCCGGGCGGCGCCGGCGGGCGGGCCGAUCGCGCUGUCGCCGGCAGGUGGGCCGGCGGUGGCGCCCUCUGCUGCGACGCUCCCCCGUCUUCUGAGUGUUGUUGAACUAAUCGCGCGCUGGUUGCGAGUGUGUGUGUGCGCGAGGCGCGGCGCCGCGCGCCGGGCGGUGGCCGCGCCGCGCGAGUGUCCUGUGUCAGUGCUGUAGUGGGCGCGGCGGGCCGGGGACCGCUGCCGCCGCCGCGGGAGGCGCCGGCCGUCAGAGUAGCGGCGCGCGCGCCGGACCGGGAGGGUGGGGAUAGGAGCCCAGAGGAGACACCAGUCCACCAGUGGAGACCCUACUGACCGCUAAACACGCCCCGGACCCGUGAAACCUGAUUUGUGGCCGAUAAUUUAGCUUUUUGCUUCAGUGGUAGUGCUAUUUUAGCGUGUGUCGCGUGGCGUUCGGUUCCGAUACCGGGUUGGGUUCGUUUUCGGCCCGGCCGGCCGGUUUUAGUCUGUUUGUAUGUCGCUCCCGCGCAGCCGCAGCGCAGACAACAUCAGUGUAUCCGAAAAAUUUGUGUCCUGCGUUGUUUUACGUGAGGUAAUAAAAGCCCGUAGUAAUAA